ACGUGCCACGCGAGGCCCUGAGCCGCGACGCCUCGGGCCCCGGGCCCAUCUCCAAACCUACCUGCCUCCUCUGACGGGGCGCGUCAGGCAGCUGUUGAGGCGGCCGUUCCUGCUGCUGCGCUCGCCGCCGCUGAGGGGCCGCGGGGACGCUCUCCAGAGCCCUGUCCAUCCUGGCCAGCCACUGAGGACCCACUUCCUUUCUCUGAGUACCAGGGGUUUGAGGUCCAGAAGCAGCAAAGAUGUCUAAUGAGCCACCCCCUCCUUAUCCUGGGGGACCUACAGCCCCACUUCUGGAGGAGAAGAAUGGAGUCCCACCCACCCCAGGCCGUACCUCCCCAGCUGUGAUGCAGCCCCCACCAGGCAUGCCACUGCCCCCUGCAGACAUUGGCCCCCCACCGUACGAGCCACCAGGUCAUCCAAUACCUCAACCUGGCUUUGUCCCCCCCCACAUGAGUGCGGAUGGCACCUACAUGCCUCCAGGUUUCUACCCACCUCCAGGCUCUCACCCACCCAUGGGCUACUACCCACCUGGACCCUACCCACCAGGACCCUACCCUGGCCCUGGAGGCCACACAGCCACCGUCCUGGUUCCUUCAGGGGCUGCCACCACAGUGACAGUGCUGCAGGGAGAGAUCUUUGAAGGCGCACCAGUGCAGACUGUGUGUCCCCAUUGCCAGCAGGCCAUCACCACCAAGAUCUCUUACGAGAUUGGCCUGAUGAACUUCGUGCUGGGUUUCUUCUGCUGCUUCAUGGGGUGUGAUCUGGGCUGCUGCUUGAUCCCCUGCCUCAUCAAUGACUUCAAGGAUGUGACACACACGUGCCCCAGCUGCAAAGCCUACAUCUACACGUACAAGCGCUUGUGCUAACAGAGCUGAACUCGGACUCCCCAGCCUGUCAGUGGCCCCCUCCCCAUGCUUCGCUCCCUGUGCUCGGUGGUUGCUUCUCCUCCACUUGGAGUUGGAAGCUAGGCCACCCUCCCCUGGAAGUCCUGUCCUCUUCUCCUUGCCCUACUCUGAACAUCUGACUCUUCCAGCAAAAAUUCUGUUGGCUUUAAGGCCAAGGGCCAGUGGAUGGCAGGGGAGUAGCACUGAGCUUGUGUUUUGCUGGUUUGCUUGGUGUUUUUGAUCCGGAAGAUAAGCUGGAAAGGGGUCCUUAUUUUUCCAUUUCCGUCCAAGGUCCAGGCUCGGUCCUGACUCUCCAUGGGGCCAUAAGCUGCCAAAGCAGGUCCCAGCCUGAGGUCCUACAGUAGAGGCUGUACCUGGAGCCACAGUUGUUUCUGCUAGGCUGACAGUAGGGCAUCAUCUGGACCCAAGCAGAACAGGGUCAUAAGGCCUGGGUUUGGUGUAGGGUACACUGCACCUCUAGGGUGCCAGAGGUGGGGCAUGCCAGAGUUAAUGAUCGCCAACUCUGGCCCUCAGCACUCAGGUAUGGAAAUCCAGGACAUCUCUCUGUCCAAGUGCCCAAGAACCCCUGGUACAAGGUAGGGAGGAUGCUGGGUAAGUCUUGGCCCUGGUAACCAAGAGUGACUCAUCCCCACUGUACCCCCUUUGAAUUGAUGUGCAGACCCCCUUUCUGGCCACACCUCUGUGAACUCCUAUAUUUUCUGGGGCCAGAAGGAAUGCCCAUGAACCCAGCCCGUCCUGUCUACCCUGUGUCCUCACUGUGUGUGGGUACAACCUUGUCCAAUAGCUGCUAUGUCCCAGCUGAAACAGAUGGCAGAUAAAAGGGGCCCCCCCUUAGAGGCACUGGGAUUUACAACACCUUCACCCUUGGUUCUCUUCCUGGAAAGCACUAGGCCCUUUGCCUCACCUGACUUGCUGUUGCUGUACCUACUCCCUCUCUUUGGGACACUUCAACAGAAAGAGCUUUGGCGCUGGGAUGAGGAAGGAGUGGUGGGUAAUGCCCUAGUGGAUAACUGUCUUGCUUGCCCAGGGCAUAGACCCAGAGCUGUCUUUAUUUCCUAAAUGGUUUUGUCUGUAAACUUGCCCACAUGGACACUGUAUUCCUGCUACUGUCCCGCUCUUGGUCGCGCACUGCCACUGCAUGGCCUCCUGUCACUGUGAAUCGUGGCCUGGUCUCAGUUUGUAGUUUCUCAUUAAAUUGGCCCUUUCACUCCCCUGCCCUGA